AUGCCGGCGGCUCAGACUCAGCCGAACACGUUCAGCUUCAACGCCGCGAUCAGCGCCUGCGAGCACUCCCUUCAAUGGCAGUGGGCUGUGUUGCUCUUAUCGGAGAUGGCCGCCUGCAAACUUUCACCCGACGUCGUCAGCUUCAAUGCCGCCAUCAAAACCACCGAGGUGGGUGGGCAAUGGCAAAUGGGGCUUUGCCUCCUGUCCCGAAUGCUGGCCAGCACUACAGUUCCUGAUCAAAUCACUUUCAAUACUUGCAUUAGUGCCUGCGAGAAGGGGCUACACUGGCAGCACGCUCUGUAUUUGCUGGCCACCAUGCCUAUAGCGAGGGCCGCCCCAGACGAGAUUAGCUACAAUGCCAGCAUCAGUGCAUGUGAGAAGGGUGGCCAAUGGCAGAUCGCCUUGUGCUUGCUGGCAGCGAUGCAUUCUGAGCAGCUUGUGCGUGACGUCAUCAGCUUCAGUGCUGCAAUAAGUGCUUGCGAAAAGGGUGGCGAGUGGCAGCUGGCUCUUGAGCUGCUCCAUGAGAUGCCAGGAGCUGAUGUUCUGCCCAAUGAGGUCACCUUCAAUUCGGCCAUCAGUGCCUGCCAGAAGUCUGGGCAGUGGCAGAUGCCCCUUCAGCUGCUGGUGGACAUGGCAGGUGCCCGGGCCAUGCCAGACACAGUGAGCUUCAACGCCACCAUCAGCGCCUGCGAGAAGGGCAUGCAGUGGCUGAUGGCGCUCUGCCUGCUCAACAGCAUCCUUUAUCACCCUUUGGAAUUAUUGUUCAUUUUUGUUCAUAUAAAACACCCAGAGGAUAUUCAAACAAAAUGUUGUUUUUUUAUUUAG